AUGCAGAGUAAUCCUUUCGCUCUAGUCCUUAUCGAUGGAGAUGGCGCUAUGUUUCACGAUGCUAUCCUGGCAGCCGGCCGUGAGGGAGGCUCCGAUGCCGCUCACAAGCUGAUUACAGAAAUCCGAAACCACUUGCAAGAGCGCCAUGAGGGAGCAGGCCAUUGGUCGGUAAUGGUCCAAGUCUACUCUAAUCUUGACGGCCUGGCGAGAAAGCUAUAUUCAGUAGGCAUUAUCAAGAGCGUGACGGAUCUUCACGAAUUCUCUCGCUCUUUCAGCCUUAAUCAGCCGUUGUUCAGCUUCGUCGACGUAGGAAGUGUAUCGCAACUUCGCACCGCCCGAAACCGCAAUCGCAAUCCGGUCUGCACUGGUAGCACAUCAAAAGCACAUGCCCUGCGCUUUGGGCAGGGCGCAAUGCCUGAUAAGGGCAGUCACUGGGCGGAGUUGAGCCAACAGAUCUGGCCCAGUCCCGACGGCACGCUCGAGCAGGAAGGUGAUCAAAGAGGCCACAGGCAGUCAUGCCUCUUCUGA